AUAUACUAUAUAUUUUUUCAAUACUGGUAGUGAAUACCGGGAAUAAUUUAUGCUGAGUUUAAUCGAAGCUAAAGAGAAAUUUUUAUUAUUAAAAUGGAUGACCAAGCAGAUGACUAUUUAUUGAUGUGCAAUAUCUGCAAGUUUAUAGUCGAAGAAGAUCAUAUCUGUGAUUAUGAUAAUAGUACAACAGAUGGUAUUAUAGAGAAUAAUAAUAAUAACACUACUGAAUACUUAGAGAAUAAUGAUAACACUAAGAACAAAGGUCACAACGAUAGUGAUUUGACAGAAAGACUUAUAUCAGAGGUUUUCAUAAGAGAACCAUUAUGGAAUUCAAAGCUUCCAUACAAACAAAGAGGCCCAGCUGACAUGAAAUUAUUAUGGGCUCAAGUAGAUACUUGUUUAGGUACAGAUCCUGGUAUAAGUCAAGGUAAAUGGAAACAUUUGAGAGAUCGAUUCGUCAAAGAGUAUGGUAUACAAAAUACAUAUACUGCAAGUGGCAGUGCAACCAAAGCAAAGAAAACCAGUACUUGGUAUUUAUAUGAAACGCUAAGUUUUCUUAUUCCAACCAUUAAUUAUAGGAAGACUAAAAGUAAUCUGGAAAACGUGAACCCAAAUAGACAAUCAAUGUCUUCAAUACAAGAUUCGACUCCUAAUACUAGUUACUCACGAGAACAAGACUUAUCGCUACAAACAAGUUACAGAAGUAACAAUAAUCCCGAAAAUAUGAUAGAUAAAAAUUUAUCGCAACAAAGCACACUAAGACCACGGUCAAGUGAAUGUAAGACACCUGUAGAGUCAUCAAGAAUCAACGAAGUGGCUUCGGAAGGAUCAAAUCGCAACAAUAAUAAAAGACUCAUGUCACAGUCCGAGGAUCUUCAAUCACCCAAGUCUACAAAACAUAUGAAGAAGUCAAAUAUACCUGCCAACCCUUGUCUGGAAGAAGCACUUUUGACAGAAUUGAAACAAACUCGACCCACAAAAGAACAGUAUCAAUCAAAACCUGAUAAGAUUGAAAGUUUUGUCAAAUAUAUAGAGGCAUGUCUUCGGGGAAUGACUCCAGAGGUUUCAAAACUUGUAAUGAAACAAAUUUUUAAUUUGUUAUUAGAACAAGAUAUAUAAAAAUUUUUAAAAUGUUAUAUCUCUUUAAUACAUG